AUCCUGAACUUCGGCGAGAGUCGCUCGCCUCGCUGGGCUCGCUGGCGUCCAGCGUUGAGCGCCGCGAAUCGGACGACGGAAAGAGCGUCACCCUCUUUCUGACGCUGCGGCGGAAGAGCCUUCAGGCGAGCAUCCACUCGGAGGCGAUCUCACUGCUCGACCCCUGCUACUACGGCAUCACCGAGCGCUACCUCGCCCAGGCCAGUCGCUGGAGCUUCAACACCUUCUCCCUGGACCUGUUGACCGGCGGCCACUCGCUCAGCGCCCUGCUGAUGUACCUCUUCAAGCAGUACCGCUUCAUUGAGACCUUCCAGCUUGAUGUCAUCAACGUCCUUCGGUGCUUCUAUCUUCUGGAAAAGGGCUACCACGACACCAAUCCCUACCACAACUCGGUGCACGCAGCGGAUGUCACCCAGGCGAUGCACUGCUUCCUCCAGGAGGAGAAGAUCAGCUCUCAGCUGACUCCAAUGGAGGCGAUGGUCGCCCUGCUGGCCGCCGUCUCCCACGACCUCGACCACCCCGGUGUAAAUCAGAGCUUCCUGGUGGCCACCAAGAGCCACCUGGCCGCCCUCUACAACAACUUCUCUGUGCUUGAGUCGCAUCACUGGCGCUUCGCCCUCAGCUGCUUCUACGAGUCGCACAUCUUUGACCACCUCUCGCAGGCGCAGUGGCGCGAGAUUGAGUACCUCCUGCAACACCUGAUCCUGGCGACCGACAUUAGCCGCCAGGGGGAGUUUCUGGUCAAGUUUCGAGGCGUAGUUCAGCCAGGGAGCGGCUUCUCGCUGGGCAAACUGGAGGACAAGCACUUUGUGCUGCAGAUUGCCCUGAAGUGCGCCGACCUGGGCAAUCCCUGUCGCAGCUGGAAGGUCAGUCAGAAGUGGAGCGAGCAGAUCUGCAAUGAGUUCUACCGUCAGGGCGACUUUGAGCGGCAGCUGGGACUUCCGGUGACGAGCAUCUGUGAUCGGACGGCCAUGACAAUCCCCAGUAUUCAGACUGAGUUCUUCACCAACAUCGUCCGACCGCUCUUUGAGCUGUGGAACGUCUACCUCGACUCGAAGCUCAGUCGGCAGCUGCUGAACAACCUCAACUUUAACGACUUUAUGUGGAACACGUUGGCGAAUGAGGGAAAGCCGUCGCUGAGCAGACAGAGCUCUGGAAAGCAACAGCAACAUCAGCAACAACAUCGUUGCAGCAGCGUCGCCUCCGACAGAUCAGAGUUGAGCUCGGUGACGACGGAAAAGACCGGGGGCAAAAGCCAGCGCCAGCUGCUGCAACAGCACUUUGAGAAGUUCCAGAAAGGCUUUGGCACGCUGAAGCGCUCCAAGUCGCUGGUGAUCAUCAGCAGCACGCGCAGUCUGCCCGCAUCGCUGGACGCCGUCGCGGCGGAGCUGCUCGCCGAGGCGAAGGCUGUGCGAGAGGCGGCAAAGAAGGCCGAGGCGGAGGCGGAAGCGAUGGCUCUGGCGGCUGCUUUAUCCGCCACAACAACUUCAACAACGGCAGCACCAGCCCCCAAGAAGUGCAUCAACGGGUGCGGAACGCCUCCACUGGGAGGUAGUGCUAAAACGGCGGCAGAGAUUGCCAGGCAGCACGCAUCGGCGAUUGUUGUUCGAACGGCGGCUGCUCUGGAGCAGCAAAGCAAACAGGAGCUGGAUGAAGAUGAGGAUGACUUUGUUGCGGACCGCUUCAAUGACGACUGUGGGGCGAUUCUUUCCACGCCGGCUCUUCUUUUACCCAACUACUACAUUGAAAAGGUAACCUAA